UGUUGCCUCCUGCUUUUCUCAAUCACUACUCUUAGAGUUUUGUUUGCCCUUAACUAUUAAGCUGUGUUACAUUUCAAGUUCUGUCUUGUCGUCCUGAAUAUUCCAAAGAGAGCAUUCUCAUGGAGUGAACGAACCUUCUAAUGCAGCAUUGUUCAUCAAGUCAAUUUUCUUUAUGCAUAGAAAGAUUUCCUAAAGUGACAGUAUUUUUGUUGUUGCUGAAAUUAAGUUAAUAUUUUGUGUUUUGACUUCAAUAGAGUCAGGAGUUCUACUGUAAAUGAACAGAAAAAAUAUCCCUAUUUAUAAUCUGAGCAAAAAUGGAAGCAAGCAAAUAGAUCUUGUUCCAACUAUUAAUGUACACUUUUUUUUGUAUUUAUUUAAUAAUUCACUAAGUAUUUACAUACUGCCUUUAAGUGCUACAUGCAUUCUCAAGGCAGUUGAUACACUAAAAUGUUUUUUUUAAAAAAAUGAAAUCAACAAUACCCGCAAUUUAUACCAUCUAAAACUAAUAAUAAAACAAUGAAAAGCAGCCACAUUCAUUGUAAGAGAACCCAGAAGAAUGGAUAUGUUUCAGAACAAGUACUUCUGAAAAGUUUAUCUCCUAUUAAGCUGUGGUUAUUGAGGUAAAGAAAGCUGUGUCAUUUACUGCCUGUCUUCAAAGGGACUGGGGGGUUGUUAAUGCAGAUUCCUAACCAGGGAGAGCUUGUAUGUUUCUGGGAAAAAGCUGUUAGACUUGACCAAAUCUCUGGGGAAGUAAUUACACCCGAACAGGCUUCCUGAGUAGUUUGAUUUUGAUCUGUUUCUGGUGAAGGCCUUGCUGCUCACAAGGCUAAUAAUUUGAUAACAAGAGCACCAGAUUAAAUUUAGAGUCCAUUUUCCAAGCUAUAAUAUAUCUAAGCAACAACGAAAAUGCAGUAGGGAUACUUUAAUUUGAAAUAGUCAAGAAGAGGCAGGCCACAUAUAAAGCCCAAAAUAAACAUUUUAAAAGGGCAAGUAGGUGUGGUAUCUGUCAGAUAAAGGGUGUAUACAGACAUAAUUUGAGUAGUAAGUCCACGGAGAAAGAACACACGCUUCAUUUUGUUUAGAACAGAUGAACAAUCUCUUUUGGACUGAGCUCUGGGCAAACCGAUUCUGUGUUCACAGCAAGAGCCAUCGGUGUAUAGCACCGAUGGGAAUCAGUGGCGUCACUAGCCCAUCUCCUCCCCAAUAUCUUUCAAAUUCUGCUUCUGUGUGUGGGGGGCCAAAUAGACAUGUAAUAGUAAGGAAUCUGCUUGGACCAUGGGGGGAUGAGGCAGAUAGGAUGUGAUUCAAUGGGUGCUUCUAGACGAAGCUUGAAAUGUGCCGGCUCUCUGCCGCAUUCGCAGAGUUUUAUAAGGGGCCCAGAUGUGCUCAAUUUGUAAGCUUUCUGUGUUUCUUAUAAGAAAAAGCAACAGUUAAGCAGGAAAAGACAUAACAGCUCCUCACUGCCUUUUGAUUAAUCUGAAAGCACCCACUGGCCACACUGUGUUUUUCCACAGUGACUUUUGUCUUUUUUUUUCUUUCCUCAAAAAAAUCAGUUAAGAAGGAAACGAUGGAAUAGCCACACAACGUCUUUUGAUUAGUUGUGGUAGGAGCCCUUCUGCCUGGAAGCACCACAGACAAAACUGAGGGCAAAAAGGUGAAGGGAAGGAAGGGUCAAUGUUGUAACUUAAAGCAACAUUACCAACACAGGUCAAUCACACGAUUUUCUUUUAAAUGGGGGAUUUGUGCCUUUGGAAUGCAUUUGUGGUACACAAGUCCACUAUUAUUAUUUUAUAAGGAAAUAAUAUGAAGUGCCCCUGAGCACAACAUAAGUAGUCUGAAACACUGGAGCAGGGGACCGGGUAUGACGUGCACCUUUACUGUAUCAUACCUGACUGCACACCACCACCACCACCAAUACACACAUACUUGUAUCAAUGCUGAUUUUCAAUUUCUAUAAGGCAAUCAUAUUUUCUGAAUGUUCUUGCUGUAAAUCUUAUUCAGCUGUUGUACACAAAAAUAUGCAGUGAUGUUUCUGAAAAGGAAAAACGACACAGUACAUUAUUUUCAUGGGGGGGGGGAGAAUCAGCUUAUUUUUAAAGGGGGGAAUCACAGCAAAAACAGCAAAGUCUUGGGGCUCCUUAAAGACCAACCAAUUUAUUACAGAACAACCUUUCGUAAACCAGAAUUCACUUCAUCAUAUGCAACUAUAGUAAUUAGAGGAUGCAAUUAGAAAAACAUUUAACCUGGCUGCAUACAUUAUAUUUUCAUGAAAAAGGAAUAUGGAAUAUUUUUGUAUAUACAAUGAAGAUGAACAAAGGAGCUGUGUAUAUCCUAUCCAAGAACUGUUCUCUGACCACACCUAGUCCAUUAGUACUUAAGUAGCCUUGUAAAUACAACGUCAUUGUGCCCCUGCCUCUUCAGAUUGAGAGAACUGAAGAGUAUCCAGCUACAUCUCUGGCAUUUCUACAAGCCAGACGUUCAAGAAAGAGACCAGAAACAAAAGGCAAACAAGAACUUUAAAUGCCGUCAUUUGUCCACGAACAGGCGAUUCCCAUGCAUUUCCCCCCUCCAGCUUGCAAAGCCGGAAUCAUGCAGGAAUCGUUCGCUGUCCAUUUCCUGAAGGUGCUGAAGGAACUCCUGGCUUUUGUGCUGUUCAGUUACACGGUGCUGUUAGGAGCACUACUGCUGGCUGGCUGGACCACUUAUUUCCUGGUGCUUAAGUGACAGCUCAUCCUGAUUUUCACCUGCAGCUUACCGAUCGAGACCAGACACGCUCUACGUCCAACACCCGAUUAAUCAACACAAUGCCCCCUUUUAUUCCAGAGACGUUGCAAGCAUCGUAUUGUGCUACCUGCUACACUAGAUACAAUAGACGCAAGUCAUUUUUUUUUUGUUUUUUAACAUAAUCUCUCAGGAGCCAAUAUCUCAGAGGACUAAUGACGCUUAUCCUCUCAAAUUCCUUUCGUCUUUCCUUGGGAGUACCAAUAUAAAAGCAAGAGCGUCUAAUCAAGCUGCAACUUGUCUUUAGUCAGUCCUAGAGGCUCACAGGGUGUCUUCUUCUUCCCUACUCUCACCCUGGAGUACUCUCCUCUAACAUUAACUCCUUCUUUUCACCUUUGAUUUUCUUAAUUUGAGAGAGUUAUGAUACUGCUAACACCAAGCUGCCUGGAGAAGAGUCAAACCACCAUACAAUUGUUAUCUCGUUUGAAAAGAAGAUCAAUAAAACGACCUAUGGAUCUUGUACUGUU